GUGAUGCGAAGUUCACCUUUUAGGGCUUUUAUUAGGGUUUGUUCCAAAUCGGGUAAUCCCUACAAUUAAGGUUACCGAUUCAUGAUGACAUCGCCCGGAAAUUCGAACCUUCGGUAUCUUCCUUUUCCUUCUAUUUUACUACAAGUUUUAUUGCAAGGCAGAUACAAUACCGUGGGAGUCUGAUAGCCAAUAUGAAAAGACGCAGGCACAAAGCGGACACAUCCGUUGCUAUUGAGUCAUUUACAUAACAAAAGUGUUGGGACCUCGAGGAGUCAUUCUACCAGUCAAGCCGACUUUGUUACUGGUUUGAACUCUGCUCCGCCCGCGUAAACACAAGGAAUAGUUAUUGACUGUAACUAUUCCGAGUCGCUAACCUUGACGAAUACCACGCGUAUACAAAUAUAUCAAACAAGCAUAAAGCAAAUCAUCACCCUUACAGACAAGACAUCUAACCAUGUUGAACGAGGAAGAACGCAAAGAACUUUACCCACUCGGCGAGUUUAGGCACUCGUAUCCGCGCUUGAUCCGAAGACUAGCGGAAGCCAUGACAGCAAUGAUGGCUGACCGAGAUUACACUGACUUGACAUUGGAAUGUGACGGCGAGAAGUUCCCGGUCCAUAAGCUCGUUCUUUGUACUCAGUCCGAGGUGCUCAAGGCCGCUAGUGAAGAGCGUUGGAAGGAAGGAAAAGAAGGUGUCAUUCACAUCGAGGGAUUCGAUUCCUUGACAGUCCGCCGUAUGGUUGAGUUCCUAUAUACUGGGGACUAUGGUCAGGGCAAGCCAGAUUAUGUGCAUGUGGAUCCCCAUAACAGGGAAAUGUACGAUUGGGAUGAACCUUUCUCGGAAGAGGAAGAGAAUUAUUCUGGCGACAGCGAGGACGUUGAUACUCUUCAUAGCAAAUAUCCACGUACUCUAACGGAAUCUGAGGAAAUGAAGCAUGACUUCAUCAACGCCGUGGAACCACACAUAUGUGUCCAUGCGAUUGCGGAUUACUACAUGAUUGAUGACCUGAAAGACCUUGCUAAAAACAAGGCAAAGGUAACUCUCGAGAAGCAAGGGUGGUCUUCCAGGGGGUUCUUGGAGGUCGCCAACUACGCCUUUGAGACUACUAUGCCACCAAAGACACCAGAAGAGGAGCGGCAGUACUAUGGAAAAGAGAUCUUGCGCGAUGUCAUAGUCCGUGUAGCCCUUGAGCAUCUGAACGACAUCACUCUCCUGGAGGACUUUGACAAAUGGGAACUACACCCCCAAUUUGCAGUGAUAUUACUGCGAAACCAAGCCGCCAAAUACAAAUCCGACCGAGAAGAAUGGGCGCAGGAAAAAAAAGACCGUGAGAAGGAAGGGUGGAACCAGAUAAAUUCCUGGUGCAAACUUAUGAAUGAUCUGGACAUUGAGAGACGUCGAAAUUCGCGAAUGAAGAGGUGUAUCGACGCGAUACGAGAGUUGAAGACUUGUCGGAACUGUAACUGUACGUUCAAUGCUACGGUUCAUUCCCCGCGGCAUGAGACCGUUACUCUUGAUGGUGAGGAACAUCAUAUUGAAAAGUACGUGGUUCGGUGUAAGGAGUGCUUAAACACCAAGCAUCCUCGCCGUAACCGUGGAUGGAACACGGCAAGUGGCUGGGGUGAGCAAGCAACGCGGGGAUGACGCUGGCUACACCAGGUGGUAGAUCUACAUUGAUCUUAUCCCCUUGUUGUAUAUAGGUACCAAUCUAGAAUGCACGGAUUGCAAUG